AUGAUAUCAAUUAAUAAACGAUGGUUAAUAGCUACAGUUGAUCAUUAUCUUAAUGAAUUAUGCAAUCAAUUUGAAAAAAAUGGCGUGAGGCAAUCGGAUUGUGAAACGGAACGAGAAGUCGUUACAGAUUCACCAGAUGAUAUCAAACAAGAAUCACCAGCAACAGAAGCCAUGUUUAACGGUAAAGAAAAACUUGAAAAGCAACAAGAAAUGUAUAUUAGCCUAGAAGCACUGGAACAAGAACAUAAAAUUAACUUAUGUGAUGAACACCAAGAAGCUUUGUCAGAUUUACAAUUGAAACGAGAAGAUGCAGCCACAGUUGGAGAAGAUCCAUCAUUAUCAAAACAAAAGUUGGUUUUUAACUAUUUACCGGUUAUCAAUCCCCGGGGUCGACUGCGUGACUCUGAUAAUAUUUGGAAAAUUUAUGAUUCUUUAUCUUAUCCAGAAGAGUCUUUAGUUAAAUUUUUUCAAGACAUAUUACCUAAUGAAGAAAAAGUUGUUUUAUCAUUUGAAAGCGUACAGCAACAAGUUGGUAGUAAUGAUUGUGGAUUAUUUGCAUUAGCUUUUGCCACGUCUCUUUGUUAUGGAGAUAUUUCAUCAUUGUUAUUUUACGAUCAGAAAUCUUUACGUAAUCAUUAUGUUAAUUGUAUUGAGAAUAAUGAAAUACAACCAUUUCCUUCAAAACCUAGGAGAGGAAGCACUAGAAACAAUUGUAAAUUAGUUGAUCUCUAUUUGAAUUAG